AUGGCUGAAGUGGAUUUAAGGAUGCCGGGUACCCCAUUUUCUCUUUCUUUUUCAGGUGGUGGUUUUCUUGCAGUUUAUGAAAUAGGUGUAAUUCAGGGCUUAUUGGAACAAGCACCCGAAAUCUUGAGAUCUGCAUCAAAGGUCUAUGGAGCAUCAUCUGGAUCAAUCAUGGCAGCAGCUGUGGUGUGUGGACUUAGUCUUGAUGACUUAAAAAGUUUUUUUUAUGGAGCUGCAAGAGAUGUCAGGAGAACCAUUCUUGGUCCCUUUGCCCCCGGUUGCAGUGUGGUUCGGACCAUACAGAGCAGACUGCACCAAAUUCUGCCAGAGAACUCCCACCAGAUGGCCACAGGAAGACUUUAUGUUUCUCUCACUCGCUUGGUAGAUGGCCAAAAUGUUGUGGUUUCAGAGUACAAUUCCAAGGAGGAGCUAAUUCAGGCAUUGAUCUGCAGUUGCUUUGUUCCAAUCUAUGCUGGAUUCAUCCCUCCCUCCUUCCGAGGUGUGCGGUACAUUGAUGGAGGCUUCUCUAACUUGCAGCCUUGUUCUGAUGUGGAAACUGCUAUCACGGUGUCUCCUUUUACAGGAGAGAUUGACAUCUGUCCUCGGGACUGUCCAGCCAUCUUCUACUGCUUGCACGUCAUACAUGGCAGCAUUCAGGUCUCCAUAGAGAACUUGCACAGGAUUGGCUAUGCCCUGUUCCCACCCAGUUGCCUGGUUUUGAAUGAAUUUUAUUCACAAGGAUAUCAGGAUGCCAUUCUCUUCUUACACAGAAACAAUAUUCUUGAAAUCAGUUACCUUGCCAAGACAGUGACAUUUGAGUUUGUCGGUGUGUUCAGUAAAAAAAGUUUGUUCCAUGCCGGUGAACAGGCUUCCUGCCAAGCACCAGGAAUGGGGGUCCUCAGCAUUUCGAACAGGACAGCUUCCGAAGGCUUCUCCAAGCAUCCUAAUUCUGUGACGAGGAUAACACGCGAAGCAGGCAACAGAAUAUUGCAGCGACUGCCCUCGCAUUGUUCAAAAGAGAAGGUCCGGAUUGCUAAGUUCAAUAACUGGAUUCAUGUUGCAGCAAAUCAUAUCCAUGAAAACCUCUACAAGAAUGGCAUGGUCUUUCUGUAA